UCUUUCUAUGAUUCUGUCUAUUUACUAUUUACUAAUUAUUUUCACAGUUUGCCCUAGUGGCUACAAAGCGGAGAACAACACCUGUGUUCGAUGUCCAUUUGGCUAUUCUGGAUUCAACUGUGAUGACUCCUCUUUGUUGGCUCUAGUGGUAGUGGCGUGUGUGUUAGGGGGAAUUCUGCUCAUUGUGAUUUUGGCUGUUCUCAUUUACAUCUGUGUGACUCGUUGCAAUAAGAAGUCAAGCAGCAAUUUUUCAACAGCCCGUACCCUGCUGAGGAGUUCCAGGCCGCGUGGCCCACUCAGGGCAUCACCCGUAUUCCACGUGUCAAUCUGACAUCUAAUUCCAGCAUUGAUGCCACUGGCAACAGUCUAGAGAUGUCUGAAGAGCCAGGAAAGAAAGACUACAGUAAUGGAUUGUCGGGCUCGUUUGACCUCACAACAGAUGGUAUGAGGACCUUUAAGGACAUAAACCCCACACGCUACUCUUAUCUGGUGGGUCAUGAAAACCCCUAUUUUAUACAUGGAGAUGAGAAGAGAUGAAGAAAACAGCAGAGAAAGCCAGUGGACAAGAAAAGAGUGCAGUAGCACCGUGAAUUAUUAAAAAGGCCUUGGAUCAAAAUGUUUCAUGAAUGUUAACGCUGUCAAAACCAUACAGCUGAUCACAGACUCAAAGUGCAUACACAAACAGCAUUUGAGAGAUACGUUUAUAUAUAUAUAUAUAUAUAUAUAUAAAUUUUACUGUUUUAAUUCCAAAUUUCUUUCACCCAGGAUAAAGUGCUCACUUCUUAAAAGUGCAUUGAUGAUUGGGUUUUCCUAGCACAAGCUUGAUAAACGUGUCCUGUGUAUUACAAUGUGAGAUGAAUGCUUAACCACUCGUCUUUUUUUCACUUCUUGUUUUGUCUGCACAUUUCAUAUUCAGAGUUUUGUUAUCAGACAGAGAUCAUUCAUGUAUUCUGUGGUUUUCAACACAAAAUAAUUUAUUAUAAAGGAUGUAAUAUUAAACCAUAUUUUGGCAUAUUUUAUUUAAAUUUCUCAUCUGUGGAAGCAAUAAGGUCAGAAUAUAUAAUGUAAUCCAGUAGUACUAAUGCAUCUGAUCUAUAUUCUGACAGUAACUGCACUUUGUAGGAGAGAACAUGCAAUGUCUGUUGUGUGUGUGUGUGUGUGUGUGUUUUAAGAUUUAUCUGUCAUGAAAGACAGAACUGGUACAUUCAGUUAUGCAUUUUUGGUUGAUAUCUCCUCCAAAGAAUUAAUUUAUUUUAUGCCAGGACAAUGCAUGCCACCAGAAAUUGAUCUCUGUGCCUGACUGUGAUGUUUUCUUUUGAAUAGGAGAAUUAUGCAAUGAUGAUGAGUAAACAACCAUGUGUCCU